GGCGCGCCGCCGCUUCCUGCGCCCGCGGCCCCGGAUGUGUCGAGCGAAGUGGCGCAGCCUCGACCCGCACCCCCAGCAGGACGCGGCUCAGGCCCGGGAUGUCCUGUGGUGUGACUGACCCGCUGCACUCCGUCCUGCAGUAGGGCUCUGCUCCCUGGCAUCCUGCCGCUUCUGGUGCGGUGGGCGUGUCCAUGGCUCGGCCCUCACCUCACUGAGGCUGCUCCGUUUAGUCCCUUCUCCCUGGGGAAGACACAGUGUUACUGUUUGACCUUCGGGAAAGCGAAUCCCCUUCAGACCUUCAGAGGACGUCAGGCGGGUAGCAAGGGGCGAUAAUGCACCAUGGCAGCGGCCCUCAGAACGUCCAGCACCAGCUGCAGAGGGCCAGGGCCUUCACCGGCAGCGAGGGAGAGGAGCAGGCCCAGCCCAACCCACCUCAGUCCCCUGCCACUCCCUUUGCGCCAUCGGCGAGCCCGUCUGCUCCCCAGUCCCCUGGGUACCAAGUCCAGCAGCUGAUGAGCAGGAGCCCAGCAGCCGGGCAGAAUGUGAACCUCGCCCUUCAGAGCGUUGGACCAGUGGUGGGUGGGAGCCCUCAGAUCACGCUUGCACCUCUGCCACUGCCCAGCCCUGCCUCUCCGGGUUUUCAGUUCAGUGCUCAGCAGAGGCGCUUUGAGCAUGGGUCUCCAUCAUACAUCCAGGUCACCUCACCGCUGUCCCAGCAGGUGCAGACUCAGAGCCCUACCCAGCCCAGCCCGGGGCCAGGGCCGGGCCUGCAGAGUGUGCGGGCAGGUGCUCCUGGCCCGGGCCUGGGCCUUUGCAGCGGCAGUCCCACCGGGGGCUUUGUGGACGCCAGUGUGCUGGUGAGGCAGAUCAGCUUGAGCCCAUCCAGCGGUGGGCACUUUGUGUUUCAGGAGGGCACUGGCCUCACCCAAGUGGCACAGGGAACCCAGGUGCAGAUGCAGCAUACAGGGACUCCCAUCGCGGUCCGGGAACGGAGACUGUCACAGUCCCAUACACAGUCUGGGGGUACUGUCCACCACCUGGGACCUCAGAGCCCUGCGGCUGCAGGCGGAGCAGGCCUGCAGCCCUUGGCUAGCCCCAGCCACAUCACCACAGCAAGCUUGCCACCCCAGAUCAGCAGCAUCAUCCAGGGGCAGCUGGUCCAGCAGCAGGCACUGCAGGGGCCACCACUGAGCAGACCUCUGCUGUCUGGGGUGGGGGUUGGGGUUGGGGGGGCUUCGGCGUUCGGGAUGGCAUCCCCACCCCCACCCACCAGCCCUUCCAGGACCACAGUGCCCCCUGGCCUCUCUGGCCUUCCUCUCACAUCUGCGGGCAGCAUGGGGGUGAGAAAGGCUCCCAAGAAGCUGGAGGAGAUCCCCCCGGCCUCCCAGGAGUUGGCCCAGAUGCGGAAGCAGUGCCUGGACUACCACUACCGGGAGAUGGGGUUGCUGAGGGAGGCCUUCAGGGAGUGCCUGAUCGAACUCUUCUUCUUGCAACACCUCCAAGGGAACAUGAUGGACUUCUUAGCAUUCAAGAAGAAGCAUUAUGCCCCGUUGCAAGCUUAUCUCAGGCAGAAUGAUUUGGAUCUGGAGGAAGAGGAGGAGGAGGAGGAGGAGGAGGAGGAGGAAGAGAAGUCUGAGGUCAUCAACGACGAGGUAAAGGUUGUGACAGGAAAGGAUGGGCAGACUGGUACUCCUGUUGCUAUAGCAACCCAGCUUCCUCCAAAUGUUUCUGCUGCUUUUUCAUCCCAGCAGCAACCAUUUCAGCAGCAAGCUCUUGCAGGGACCCUGGUGGCAGCGGCUGGAAGUGCGAUAGAGACGGACCCUUUUAAGCGGCAGCAGGCGGGACCCCAGGCAGAGCAGUCUAAGAGACCUCGACUUGAAGUAGGUCACCAAGGCGUAGUUUUCCAGCACCCAGGGGCGAGUGUGGGAGUCCCUCUUCAGCAGCUAAUGCCAACUGCUCAAGGAGGGAUGCCCCCUGCCCCGCAGGCCGCCCAGCUGGCGGGACAGAAGCAAAGCCAGCAGCAGUAUGAUCCGUCCACGGGGCCCCCGGUGCAGAACGCUGCCAGCCUGCACACGCCGCCCCCGCAGCUCCCGGGCAGACUGCCCUCCUCAGGCCUCUCUGCCGUGUCUCUGCCACCGGCCCCGCAGUUCCCUCAGCCACAGGUGGUGGAGCCGCAGGUGCCACUCCACAUGCCCGUGAAGACCCAACAGCCAGAUGCCCCAGUGCACACGCCACCGCCCAGCCGAGCUCCCACUUCUCUGCAGCCCGCCCAGCCAGCCCCCCACGCGCUGAUGCCUGGGAGGACACAGGGGCAGGCCUCUCUGCUGGCGCCCCAGCCACAGACUGUGGCAUCGAGACCUCCUGUGGACCCUGCUCAGCCCUGUCAGCGGCCCCUGCCCCCUUCCUCCUCUACCUCGUCCAUCAUGCCUGUGAGCAGUUCGGGCCUGGGACCCUCCCCUGCACGGGCUUCCCCAGUGAAUAGACCCUCCUCAGCAGCCAGCAAGUCUCUGUCUCCAGUCACCUCUCGGUCUCCAGGGGCAGCUGUGUCAGUUCCCCCAAAACCGCAGAGCCCAGCUCAGAAUGCUACCCCGCCUCAAGACAGUUCUCAGGAUAAGCUGGCCGAACAAAUAGCACUGGAAAACCAGAUCCAUCAGAGAAUAGCAGAUUUACGGAAAGAAGGCCUGUGGUCCCUUAGACGGCUCCCUAAGCUGCAGGAGGCCCCACGCCCCAAAUCUCACUGGGACUAUCUGCUAGAGGAGAUGCAGUGGAUGGCCACCGACUUUGCCCAGGAGAGACGGUGGAAGGUGGCUGCUGCCAAGAAGCUCGUGAGAACUGUAGUGCGUCACCAUGAGGAAAAGAAGGCUCGUGAGGAGCGGGGGAAGAGGGAGGCACAGGACCGCCUGAGACGGAUCGCUGCUUCCACAGCGCGAGAGAUAGAGUGCUUCUGGUCAAAUAUUGAGCAGGUUGUGGAAAUAAAACUACAAGUAGAAUUGGAAGAAAAAAGGAAAAAGGCCUUCCACUUACAGAGAGUUUCCAGGAGAGGAAAAGAGUCUCGACCCAAGGGACUUGAUGCAUUACCGGAAAAUUUCCUGGGUCUGGGGAUGUCUGGAAGGAAAAGGAAAGCCAGCACAUAUUUACCUGAUGAGGAAGGUUGGUCCUGCUGGUGGCCUGCACCAUCUGCAUGGCUGUCUGAAGUGGAUGACGAGGAGGAGACAAUCGAGGAGGAGGAAGCCAAUGAAGGGGCCGUGGACCACCAGGCAGAGCUGUCUAAUUUGGCCCGAGAAGCUGAAUUGCCCUUAGUUGACCUGAUGAAGUUGUAUGAGGGUGCCUUUCUGCCGAAUUUCCAGUGGCCCCAGCCUAACCCUGCCAGUGAGGAGACAAGCGAGGAAGAAGAGUCAGAAGACUGCCCAGGUGACUGGGAGAGUGGGAAGGAUGUGGUGCUCAUUGACUCGCUGUUCAUUAUGGACCAGUUUAAAGCUGCAGAGAGAGUGACUCUCGGGAAACCUCACACAAAGGACAUCGCAGAAGUGACCGCUGUGGCUGAGGCUGUCCUGCCCAAGGGCAGUGCGCGGAUCAGCCCUGCGGUGAAGUUGGGCACCCCAUCACUUUUGUAUGGGGCACUGAGAGAUUAUCAGAAGAUUGGCCUGGACUGGUUGGCCAAGCUCUACCGGAAGAACCUUAAUGGCAUAUUGGCAGAUGAAGCUGGGCUUGGUAAAACAGUGCAGAUGAUCGCUUUUUUUGCCCACCUUGCUUGUAAUGAAGGCAAUUGGGGCCCCCAUCUCGUUAUUGUGAGGAGCUGCAGCACUCUGAGGUGGGAACUCGAGCUAAAGCGCUGGUGUCCUGGGCUCAAGACCCUCUUAUAUGUUGGCAGCCAUAGGGAGCUCAGAGCAAAGAGACAGGGGUGGAUGGAACCCAACAGCUUCCAUGUGUGCAUCACAUCCUACAAGCAGUUCUUCAGGGGCCAUGCUGCCUUCACACGCGUGCGCUGGAAGUGCCUGGUCAUUGACGAGAUGCAGCGCGUGAAGAGCAUGACAGAGAAGCACUGGGGAGCCGUGUUUGCCCUGCACAGUCAGCAGCGCCUGCUCCUGAUCGAUGCACCCCUGCACAACACCUUCUUGGAGCUGUGGACCAUGGCGCACUUCCUAAUACCAGGCCUGUCCAGACCAUACCUGCACCUGCCCCUGAAGGCACCAAGCGAGGAGAGCCAGGACUACUACCACAAAGUGGUCAUACGCCUGCACCGGGUGACACAGCCGUUUAUCUUGAGGAGGACUAAGAGGGAUGUGGAGAAGCAGCUGGCGAGGAGGUAUGAGCAUGUGCUGAAGUGUCGCUUGUCAAGCCGGCAGAAGGCCCUGUAUGAGGACGUCGUUCUGCAGCCGGGGACACAAGAAGCCCUGAAGAGCGGACACUUCGUGGAUGUGCUGAGCAUCCUCCUGCGGCUGCAGCGCAUCUGCAACCACCCUGGUCUGGUAGAGCCCCGGCUGCCAGAAUCGUCCUAUGCAGCGGGGCCACUGCAGUACCGCCUGGCCUCCCUUAUCCUCAGGGCACUUGAUCGAGACCCCUGGAAGGACACCGAUCUUUCCAUAUUUGACCUUAUUGGCUUAGAAAGUAAAAUGGCUCACCACGAGGCAGAUGUGCUGAGCAGGAGGAAGGUGUCCCGGAAGCUCAUGGAGGAGCUGUGUGCGGUGCCGCCGGUGAGCAGGCCAGUGGCCAUCAGGCUGAAGCCCAGCAGGUUGUUUCAGCCUGUGCAGUAUGGCCAGAAGCCCGAGGGUCGCACUAUGGCUUUCCCCAGCACACACCCACCCCGUACUGUGACCUCUGCUCCAGCCACUGCCACACCUCAGGGCCACGUUCGGGGACGGCCGCCAAUUGCCACAUUCUCUGCAAAUCCAGAUGCAAAAGCAGCAGCCGCCCCGUUUCAGACCUCUCAGGCUCCCGCCGGUGCUCCAAGACACCAGCCUGCCUCGACCUGCAGCACGGCACCUAGCCCAGCCCAUCCUGUGAAACUGCGGGCUCAGACCACUGUCCCGGCCUCCACCCCGGGCCCACCCCAGCCCCCGCCCCAGGCCUCGCACCCAGCUGGGCAGAGCACGCUGCCUCAGGGGCUGGUGCUCACCUCGCAGGCCCACGCGCGCCUGCCGAGUGGAGAGGUGGUCAAAAUAGCCCAGCUGGCUUCCCUAGCAGGACCACCAAGUCGAGUGGCCCAGCCAGAGACCCCAGUGACACUGCAGUUCCAGGGGAACAAGUUCACCUUGUCCCACAGCCAGCUCCGGCAGCUCACGGCUGGCCAGCCCCUGCAACUCCAAGGCAGCGUUCUGCAGAUCGUCUCUGCCCCGGGCCAGUCCUACCUGCGGCCCCCUGGCCCUGUUGUGAUGCAGACCAUGUCUCCAGCUGGUGCCCUGAAUGCGCUGGGAAGCAAGCCCCUGGCAGGCAGCCCUGCUCCCGUGACCCCACCAGUUGGGGCACCUGGUCGAGUGGCAGUCAAUCCUCUGGCUGUAGGAGAACUGGGAAUGGCCUCUAAACCAGCCUCUCCUGUUGGCGGACCAACCCAGGAGGAAAAGACCAGACUUUGGAAGGAGCGGCUGGACCAGAUUUACUUCAUUAACGAGCGGCGCUGUGCCCGUGCUCCAGUCUAUGGUAGAGACCUGCUGGGUGCGUGCUCCAUGGCCAUCAGGGGAUGGCUCCCUAGGCUUGGAGCUUUGGAUGGCAGUCCUGGGCCAGAGGCCGGGCCAGCGAGCUGUUGCACAUCACUCUCAGAGACUCCAAGGGACCUGGUUUUGACACUGACUCAACGCCAGGAAUCCCUCCAGGAUGUCAUUGACAGGGUGCUGUGUGUGAUCCCUCCGGUGGUGGCUGCACCCCCAUGCUUGUGGGUGGCAAGGCCACCAUCCCUCUACAGCCACAGGAUGAGGGCCUUUAGGCAUCGCCUGGAGGACUACAUGGCACCUUAUGCACAUCAGCUUCAGCGGGCAGCCGCCCCACGCUCUCUGCAGUUCCCUGAGCCCCGGCUGGUCCAGUUUGACUCAGGAAAGCUAGAAGCUUUGGCAAUCUUACUUCAGAAGCUGAGGUCUGAAGGGCGCCGCGUGCUGAUUCUGUCCCAGAUGGUGCUCAUGUUGGACAUUUUAGAGAUGUUCUUGGACUUCCACCAUCUCACCUAUGUGAGAAUUGAUGAGAACGCCAACCGUGAACAGCGACAGGAACUGAUGAGGAGUUUCAACAGAGACAGGCGGAUUUUCUGUGCCAUUCUCUCGACUCACAGCCGUGCUACAGGCGUGAGCCUGGUAGAGGCAGACGCAGUGGUGUUCUAUGACAACGACCUGAACCCCGUGAUGGACGCCAAGGCACAGGAGUGGUGUGACAGGAUUGGGAGGCGCCAGGACGUCCACAUAUAUAGGCUUGUGAGUGGCAACUCCAUUGAAGAGAAACUGUUGAAAAAUGGGACCAAAGACUUGAUCCGAGAGGUGGCCGCUCAGGGAAAUGACUACUCCAUGGCAUUUCUGACACAGCGGACCAUCCAGGAGCUGUUUGAGGUGUACUCUCCCAUGGACGAUGCUGGCUUCCCAGUGAAAGCGGAGGAGUUUGUUGUCCUUUCUCAGGAACCUUCUGUCACAGAAACCAUUGCACCCAAAAUUGCAAGACCUUUUAUAGAGGCCCUCAAGAGCAUUGAGUAUCUGGAGGAGGACCUACAAAAACCUGUGGAGGAAGCUGCACCAGAGUCACCAGGCAUGGACCAUCUACAGUGGGAGGAGACAUCAUCACAGCGUGAGGAAUUAGCUGACUUCAUGGAGCAGCUUACGCCUAUUGAGAGGUAUGCUCUGAACUACCUGGAAUUGUUCCACACCUCCCUUGAUCCAGACAGAGGGAGGAACAAUGAGGACGCCGUGCUGACCGCUGUGACUGAGUGGGAGGCACAGAAUGCACGAAGCCAGCGGGAGCGGGCGGCCCAGGCGCGGCAGGAGCAUGAGCAGGAACAGUUGCUCACCUACACGCGGGAGGAUGCCUACAGUGCGGAGUUCGUCUGUGAGGGUGCUGAUGGGCAGGUGGAAGUCAUGCCGCUCUGGACCCCGCCCACACCCCCCCAGGACGACAAUGACCUCUACAUCGACUCAGUCAUGUGCCUCAUGUAUGAAACCACUCCCAUCCCAGAGUCCAAGCUGCCGCCUGUGUUUGUGAGGAAGGAACGCCGGCGGCACAAGACAGACCCCUCAGCCACAGGCAGGAGGAAGAAGCAACGCCACGGGGAGGGCGUCGUUCCUCCCCGGUCGCUGUUUGACCGGGCAACGCCGGGCAUGUUGAGGAUCCGUCGAGAAGGCAAGGAGAAGAAGAGCGUUCUGCUGAAGCAGCAGACACAGUUCGCUAAGCCUUUGCCAGCAUUUGCCAAGCCAGCAGCCGAGGCAGCUGCAGACAACCCUGAGUGGCUCAUCAGCGAGGACUGGGCAUUGCUGCAGGCUGUGAAGCAGCUUCUUGAGCUGCCUCUGAACCUUACGAUCGUGUCCCCGGCUCACACACCUAACUGGGACCUUGUCAGCGAUGUGGUCAACUCCUGCAGUCGGAUCUACCGCUCUUCCAAGCAGUGCCGGAACCGCUACGAGAAUGUGCUCAUCCCAAGAGAGGAGGGGAAGAGUAAAAAUAACCGUCCUCUGCGCACGGGCCAGAUGUACGCACAGGAUGAAAGUGCUACACACACCCAGCUGUACACAAGCCACUUUGACCUGAUGAAGAUGACAGCUGGGAAGAGGAGUCCCCCUAUCAAACCUCUGCUCGGCAUGAAUCCCUUCCAGAAGAAUCCAAAGCACGCCUCCGUGCUGGCAGAGAGUGGAAUCAACUACGACAAACCACUGCCUCCGAUCCAGGUUGCAUCCCUCCGUGCGGAGCGAAUUGCCAAAGAGAAAAAGGCGCUGGCUGAUCAGCAGAAGGUGCAGCAGCCGCCCGUGGCCCAGCCCCCGCCACCCCCGCCGCAGCCGCAGCCUCCGCCGCCCCAGCAGCCACCUCCACCUCUGCCCCAGCCCCAGGCAGGGAGUCAGCAGCCUGCAGGGCCAACCGCUGUCCAGCCGCAGGCCCAGCAGCAGCCUGUGCAGCCCCCACAGCCCCCACCGAAGGUGCCUCCUGCGAUCACAACGGUGGGCGGCUCGGCUGUGCUGCAGACAGGAGCCAUCAAAACCUCAGUCCCCGGGACGAGCAUGCCAGCGGGCACGGUGAGCGGAAAUGUGAUUGUGAACACCAUUGCAGGCGUUCCUGCUGCCACCUUCCAGUCGAUUAACAAACGCCUGUCUUCACCCGUGGCACCUGGAGCCUUGGCUACCUCCGGAGGCCCUGCUCCUGCCCAGGGGGUCCACACCCAGCCACGAGCAGUGGGCUCCCCAGCCACAGCCACAUCCGACCUGGUGACCCUGCCACCAACUCAGGGUGUUCGAGCAGUCACCUCUGUUACAGCCUCAGCUGUGGUCACUACCAGCCUAACCCCAGUGCAGACUCCGACCCGGUCUUUGGUGACUCAAGUGUCCCAAGCCACAGGUGUGCAGCUGCCUGGGAAGACCAUUACACCGGCACACUUCCAGCUCCUCCGGCAGCCGCCACCCCCACCACCGCCCUCCCAGGUGCCACAGGCCCAGCCCCAGGCCCAGGCGCCCACACAGAUCAAAGCUGUGGGCAAGCUAACCCCGGAGCACCUAAUCAAAAUGCAAAAGCAGAAACUGCAGCUGCCCCAGCAGACCCCCCCGCCGCAGACCCCACCGGGGCCCCCGCCGCCGACGGCACAAGUGCAGGUGCAGCCCCCGCCGCCCGCGCCGCAGCAGAGCCCCCAGCUCACCACGGUCACGGCCCCGAGGCCCGGAGCCCUGCUCACGGGCACCACCGUGGCCAACCUCCAGGUGGCUCGGCUCACCCGGGUUCCCACUUCGCAGCUGCAGGCUCAAGGGCAGAUGCAGGCUCAGGCACCCCAGCCAGCUCAGGUGGCCUUGGCGAAGCCUCCAGUGGUGUCUGUGCCUGCAGCCGUGGUCUCCUCGCCGGGCGUCACGACCCUGCCCAUGAACGUUGCUGGGAUCAGUGUGGCCAUUGGGCAGCCGCAGAAAGCCACAGGACAGACUGUUGUGGCCCAGCCUGUGCAUGUUCAGCAGCUGCUAAAGCUCAAGCAGCAAGCCGUCCAGCAGCAGAAAGCCAUCCAGCCCCAGGCCACCCCAAGUCCGGCAGCUGUCCAGCAGAAGAUCACUGCACAGCAGAUUGCAGCUCAGGGCCAAGCACAGAAGGUCACCUAUGCUACCCAGCCAGCCCUGAAAACCCAGUUCCUUACCACACCCAUCUCUCAGGCCCAGAAGCUGGCUGGGACUCAGCAGGUGCAAACCCAGAUCCAGGUUGCUAAACUCCCUCAAGUUGUCCAACAGCAAACACCUGUGGCCAGCCUCCAGCAGGUUGCCUCCGCUUCACAACAGGCUUCCCCACAGACUGUGACCCUCACGCAGGCAACAGCAGCCGGGCAGCAGGUCCAGAUGAUCCCAGCAGUGACUGCGACUGCACAGGUGGUCCAGCAGAAGCUAAUGCAGCAGCAGGUUGUGACAACGGCUGCCCAGCUGCAGAACCCUGGUGUUGCCAACCCAGCACAGGUGCCAGCCAGCUCCGACAGCCCAAGCCAGCAGCCCAAGUUACAAAUGAGGGUCCCUGCCGUCAGGUUAAAGACACCCACCAAACCUCCGUGCCCCUAGUCGGAAAGCAGGUGGCAUUCCUCCAUCUCACCAAUCAGGUAGAUUUUGUUUAUUGUACCCUGGGACAGUGUCAUUGACAUGUCCAGCAACUGAAGAACUAUGAUAGACACAAAGGAGUCUAACUAUUUUAUUACAGUGUGUCCUACAUGUGGGAGCAGGUCCUCAGUGAUACCCCAUUUUCUGUAUUACAUGGUGAAAUGACCAGCAGAUUCACCUUGUAGUUUCUCCUGUAGACCAAUAGUGCUGAGCCUUGAAAGCCAUUUAGAAUUUCCCUAUUAGUGUGCAGCAUUUUGCACACACAAUAGCCAUUUGGGAUGUGCAGUGAGUCUUAAAAUAGGCUUUGCAGAGGUCUUUGACAGCGUCUGCCUCUACUGGGUUCUUUAUACCUACCUGAAAGCACAUCGUGGUUCUCAGGAGAAAGACUAAGGUUAGAUCAUUUCAGAUCAGAGAAUGCCAAGGUAGUUUCUUCCUUCUAAAAUAUGACUUGUUUGAACUUUUAAAGGAAAUAUUUAGUGCUGACACCCAUCAAAGCGCAUGCAUGACCUGUCCCCAGCUCGUGUCAAAGGAAAACAAUGUCACUGAAUUUUCAUUCCAAACAGCACCACUGAGGCCUCUCCAGACCCUCUUCCCAAUGUGACUUGUUGCCAUGUAAACAGAACCUAUGGGACUGCUCUCCAUCCCAGCACACCCACGGAUUUUUCCAGCUUUUGUAUAAAGCUCGUGUUUGGACUUUGUGCACUGAAGCAGCUCCAUCAAAUGACUCCUGUCUCGGACUGGUUUGGGGCCGAGUUCCGUGCAAGCAUUGUUAUGUCACAGAUGUGACUCCCAAGGAGCUAGCAAGCGUAAGAGCAGGGAUGCCGCUCCUCGCCCUCCUUGCCUUCCUGCUCAGCCCAGGAACAGUCUGCAGAUGUGAAACCCCCUCCUACACAGUGGCUUACUCAAGAAUGUACAAGUGUUACCCAUAGAAAUGGGGUAGGAAACUCUCCAUUAUUGACUUGUAGGAUCAGAUUUCUGUGCCAGGUUGUCAUACAUGAACAGAUGCACUUGCUCACGGUUCUGCACAGAGAACCAUCCAUGCUGCUUGGGGGAGACCUGCUGUUGAGGAGCACAGAAGAGGCCCCAUGUUUGCUUCUGUGUUUAUUUUCUUACUACGUCAAGAUAAUGGAAAUAUUUGCAGUGCACUUGAUUGGCCAGUAUCUGCUUUCCUGGAAGUGUUACCUAGGUUAAAGGCACAUGUCUGGGGAUGCCCUCUCUGCCAUGGGUCUGGGCCUCUUUUACAAGACCUGGUCCAGGAAAUUGGUUGUAUCAGGCCUGUGUGUACCAAGGACCAGUUAUGGCAUACUGCGAGAUCUUAACUGUAAGUUUAUUUAAGCUGCUCCCUCCUCAUUCUGUCUCUUUAAAUGACAUGGAAGAAUGUCUUCUGUCUCCUGGUGUUUUCUGCCAUUGGUUUAUGUGGACAGUGACAUGUGGUAUGGAGUGAAGCCAGCUGGGCCGCUCAUUUUUGAACUCUUGGCAAAAACAUCUGGAAAAAAGUGAAUAUCAAGUGUUAAAAACAUGGAAGGGAUUUAACUAGUUAAUUGAACAUAUCAAACAGAAUACUACAUUUCCUUACAACCCAACUUGUCUGUUUCUAGCUUAGCGUGGGCUGUCACUAGAGUGUGGUGGGCAGGAAGGCUCUCUGCCCCAGCUUUGAAUCUGGGUCCCAAGGAAAGUUCCACUGUGUUUAUCCUCAACUGUGGAGAACAGUUCCUAUAAAAUAUAUAGGAACCCUCUCUUUUUAGCUUAUUUAAUUUAUGCAACCUUCUUGUUUCCUCUUGUCCUUUGUGGGUAUUGGUGGACUCCUUUUAGAUGAUCAAAUGCUGAGUGCACUUAUUUUAGAACAUUCUAGACAUAGCUGCCUGCGUGGAAGUCCUCUGUUAGUCUAGAACACUAGAAGAGAACUUAGCAACCUCUCUCGAGAGCUACUGAGAGAGCAGCACUGGCAGUCUGCACACUUGCAGUGUGGAACUCCUGCCCUGUCUUCUGUGAGUGAGAGUCUCUUGCCUCCAAAGUGUGUUUUUUCAGCGAUCCCCUAAUGCAAAAUAUGGAAAGAAACUAGUUUCACUUGUAUCACUCAAUUUAGUAACAUCUAGAUGUCACCUCUGACCUAGUAGUCUUCAGUAGAGUCAUUUAAGUAAAAACUGUCCUUCCAGUAUAUAGUUUUAUUGGCCUUCUGUUUAAAGGUUAAACUUUGCAUAUUUAAGAAUGAAGUGUGAGUGUAGGAAAUUAUCAAGGCCUUUUCAGCUUGUUAUGUUAGCAGAAUUCUGCAUUACCUUGUGAACCAGGGUUCCUACCAAUACAGUAUGUCAGGAUUGAAAGAAAUCUUCAGAACACAAAAUGUAAACACAGCAGCCAAAACACUGUCAAACUUGAAUCUGCCACCAGGGAAAGCAGUUACCCAGUUAUUCUUUACUUAAGAGGCAUUUGUUCUAAUUAAGGCCAGGCUGUUUUGAAAGCACCCCAUGGGAAACAGGAGGUUGGAUCCGAGCCUGGUUCAGAUUUGGUGCCUGAUGAGGACUAGGCUUCCUUUUUUGCAAUUUUUAUGAUUUUUUUGUUAACAUUGUAACCAGAUAGCUGUUGUGUUUUAAAAUAUAAAGGAAAAAGACUGAACUGUAAAUACUUUGUAAACAUAAUCAUUUGUACUUUAAUAGUAGGGUUUUAAGGGGCACUGAUAUCCCACUAAAAAAAGGUAUAAUAAAAUGACCUUUUAUAUGCUUU